AAGGCAGAUAAUGUGACUGUGGGUGCAUGCAAUUGCCAUUUGGCACUCGCAAUCGCAAUCGCAAUCGCAAUCGCAACAGAAUAAGCGAAAAAGUGAGCUUAGUGAGAGAGAGAUGAAGAACUCAGUGGAAGAAGAAGAAGGUGACGCAUUUGUGAGAGCUGCAAAAGCCACCGAGUCUCUUUACCAUCUUCGCGACACUUAUUAUCCCCCAAACCCUUGCGAUAGAAUCUCCACACUUCAACACAAUUCCGAUCUCAUUCUCAAUCUCCUCGAUUCCAUCCCCAUAGAACAAAGAAAAUUACCCGCACAACGGGCAAUAUUUGAAUAUCUUAGAGGGAAAGUGUUCGAUGUAUUUCCCGAUUAUAAGAAAGAAGCCGAGGAUCAUCUAUCAAAAGCUGUUAAGUUGAACCCAUCUCUUGCAGAUGCGUGGCUAUGUUUAGGCAACUGCAUAUGGAAGAAAGGUGAUUUAUUGGCAGCAAAGAACUGCCUCAAUCUUGCAUUAAACAAGGGUCCUAACAAGAAGAUUCUUUGUAAAUUAUCAAUGCUUAAAAGAAAAAUGUCUAACGGUGCAGAUAAUGAAGCAGAACUUGUUGAAGAAAGCAUUCAACAUGCCAGGGAUGCAAUUGCUUUGGAUGUCAAGGAUGGGGACUCUUGGUAUAAUCUUGGAAAUGGAUAUCUUAUGAAUUUUUUUGUCACUGGAGCUUCGGAUCAUACCAAACUUUCACAGUCUUUGAAAGCAUAUCAAAUUGCUGAGAAAGAUGAAGGGAUGAAGUCCAAUCCAGACUUUUACUUCAAUAGUGCCAUUGCUAACAAAUAUCAAGAGAACUACCAGAGGGCCCUUAGUGGAUUUGAGGCUGCUGCUUUGAGGGAUCCAGGUCUCAAUGCUGCAGAGGAGGUUCAGAACAUUGUCAAUUUACUUGACAAGGUGGACAAUCUUUUGAAGGUACAUGGAAGAGACAGUCGAAUCGCCACUUUGGCAUCAUCGUCGGUUGCUGUAAAUUUGAUAUCGCCAUACAGAACAGUUACCGUAGACUUUCUGUCAGAGGGUCUUAAUAAAGCUCUAGCAGUAGAGGGGAGGGUGUUAUUCUUUAUUGGAAGUGACAAUAUUACUCCCCUAUACUAUUUGCUUUGUGAUUCAAAUGGAACUUGCUUUGUUCUCUCUGUUUAUCAUGUACGUCCUGAUGUGAUUAAAGGAGGAGAUCAACUCACAUUGCUCGAUCCUUGUUUUCGUAAUGUUGAUUUGUCCUGGAAGGAGAAGCGUUACCAGUUCAAAUCUAUACGCCUGAAUUUCUAUGCGCAAGUGCUUGUUAAUGGAAAAACUCUUACUCGUCAACAAGCUGUCUUUACAUCGGUAGAUGCACAACAUGAACCCUGAACUGUCCAAUGCUAAAUAGAUAUGUGCUCUACUUCUGCUUGUCUGUGGCUGAUGGUGAGUUGGUGUUGGAUGUUGUGUUCAUUUAGUUGAUACAUAAAUGUAUAGAGGUGAAUUUCUUGCCCAAGUCAUGGGUCACAAACACAGAAUAGAAAAAGCUACUGGAGCGUAAAGUUUCACAUUUGGUUUUCUAGUUUUACCAUCAAGUUUCACAUUUGGUUAUAUCUUUUCGAUGCUUCAAAACAGCAUGUUUUAUGUAAUAUUCUUGUUGUACCAAAGUGUAAUCAUGCCCAUUAUCUUAAUUUGGACCUUAUAUAGAGCUUAUUUAGGCUUA